AUGAAGCAAAAUUAUAUUUUUGUAAUCGUUUUAUUAGCUACACUUUCAUUAAUCAAUGCUUUUCCGCAUCAACUUCAAGAAAGAGACACUACUUUUGUUCCAUGCCCUUCAGGAUCUCCAAAUCCAAUCAAAGUAACAGUUAAACCUGAUCCUCCACCAGUUACUGGAUCCUUCGUUCUAAACGUUUCCGGAACACUAAAGACUGGUGUCAUCUCCGCAGGUUCCAAACUUGUUGUUAAAGCUAUAGGUGAUGAUGGUGAACUUUUGGAUGAUCCUAUAGUCUAUGAUAUGUGUGAAUCAUUGACAUGCCCAACUAAGUAUUUUGAUGUUGUAGCAUAUCUUAAAUCAAAAAACUUGCUUCCAACAUUCAGUAUCAUAGUUCAAGUUUUGAGUGCUUCUGGUAAAACUUUAGGAUGUUCUAUAGGCACUGUUACUGGCGCUUAA